UGAUUAGUGAUAUUCUGAAAUGUCCCUGUUCGUACCUUGUGGCAAUUUGGGUUUAAUCCCAAUGUCUAUAUGAGGCUGCUGUUGAACUGCUGCCAAAAUAUCACAUAACCGCACUAGAAACAAAAUCCCAGUACUUUUAUUUACAGUUUACAUACAGAUCAAAGGAAUUCCAGCAUCACCAGGUUAACAUACUCUUGUUGCUUGCCUCUCAGUUUUACAGCAAGAAGAACACCAUCAUGUUCGAUGAUCUACGACGGAAUUUUGUGAUGAACCCAAAAAAUGGGUUGACAAUUAAGCCCUUCAGGAAGGCUCAUGCCAAUCGAGAUAGUGACCAAGAGCUCGUGAAGCUAACGGAGUACCUUCUUGCUAUUGCUGAACUAGAUGAUAUAAGCAAACUGGAUCACUCCAAGUGGAAGUACUAUGCAGAGGAUGGCUCGAAAAGGCGGAGACAUGCGUAAGUUGCACUAAUAGGCUCCGAAUAUCCUUUUGUGCUGCUUCCGUCCAGCACUUUCUGUGGUUAUGUGUUCUUGCUCAAGGCACCACACUCACAACAAGGAUCACCUCAAAUGGAAAUACUGAUUUCGUUCCGCUCCAGCAACUAUGGUGAUAACGAUGUGUACCUUCAGCAUGCCUCUCAUUUAGCACCCGGGUAAAUUUAUCUCGAGGAUGAAGAACCUUUGAUUCUGCUGCUGUAUCCUUUAUUUAAACCACACUUCCUAUUACCAGUAGGUUCAAACUAUUGGCAUUAUGAGCUUGUAUGCACGAUUUCAUUUACAUAUGCGCAUGCAAGACUAUCUAUUCACUGAGGUCCUAGCCUCCUAUGUGCUAUUCUUCUUCUUCUGAUGUUUUGUUUUUAAAUUUUGACAGUGUAAGUCGGUAGAAGAUGGUUAUUCGUAAUAAUAAUUCGUGGAUGGAAAUAAAAACUUUGGACGAUUAAUUAGCUGUAAUUUUAGCUGGCAACCGAUUUUUCUUCCUUAAGAAAUGCAGCAGAAUAGAAUCUUCCCAAUUGCUAAAUCAAGCUGCAUGCAAAAAUGGGCAACACCGCCCAUUAUUUCUUGUUGGUUACAUUACAACCAUCGACCAUGCAUCAUGGUUUACAUUAACUAGUUAUUUACACAAAUCAUCAACUAAUUCACGAUCCUACUCAUUCCAAAAAUAUCAUCAAAAUUUCGAACAAGGGUUUGGUCUGUUGUGAUCUGUCAAAAUUGUUGCCUUAUGAAGCAUGAUUGUCUGAUUAAGGAUUCAUUGUGAUUUAUGACCGUUUCAUUUACUCUCUUUUUCGUCCAUAUUAAUUUCACGCUGAUCUUUUUAUUUUCCCCUAAUUCAAAACUGACCAGAAACGAAGAACCAUUUGGCUCUCAUCUUUCUCCCUAACACCUACAAGCGCCAAAAUUAGGACAGAGAGAUUGAAUGAAAACAGAGUGAGUGAUCGAGACUGACUAUGUACGAUAUUCAGCUGGUUUUUUGGCACCAUAAUUUAAGAUUCUAAGAAGAACCCAUUGUGGGUUUUGGAUCGGAUAUCAAUGGGGUUUGUUUCAGUUUUGGUUUGCCUCGUCGUCCUCUCCUUCUCUUCUACACCUUCUUAUGGUUUUGAUCCAUUGGAUCCUCAAGCCAACAUAACUAUCAAAUGGGAUCUCCUGCUAUCAACAGGUAGCUCUGAUACGGUCAAAGUAACAAUACUUAACUUCCAAAAGUACAGACACAUAGAGGCGCCAGGGUGGAAGCUAGGGUGGGACUGGAAAGGCAAGGAGGCCAUAAGUUCCAUAUUUGGAGCUGAAGCAACACAGCAAGGUGACUGCUCAAGAUUCAAGGGCCAAGAACUCCCACAUUGCUGCGAUAAGCACCCGGUCGUCAUCGAUCUCUUGCCCGGAGCUCCUUACAACACUCGGUUCCAGAACUGCUGCAAAGGAGGAGUCCUGUCGUCCAUGACACAGGACACUUCAAUGUAUGCAGCAUCUUUCCAGAUUGCCACGGUAGGGAGCACUGCUGCAAACUACUCCGAUUUCGCGAUGCCAGAGAAUUUCACCCUUGGAUUGCCUGGCUACACCUGUGGGCAGCCUGUUGAAGUCCAACCCACCAGGAUCCCUGUCGAUGGAGGCCGAAGAUGGACUCAAGUCCUCAGGACAUGGAAUGCGGUGUGUGGUUACUCAUCAUUCUUAGCAUCGCCAUCUCCGAAAUGUUGUGUUUCGUUGUCAGCUUUCUAUGAUAGCAGAAUUGUUGACUGCUCUACGUGCAGCUGUGGAUGUCAAGGACAGCCUGGCUCGAAAUGCAUUAAGGAUGGGGAAACACCAGCUCUUCUGCAGCAAAAGCAUGAUCCAAACGAGGAGCCACCUCCACUGGUGAGAUGCACAGACCACAUGUGCCCUAUACAGAUUCAUUGGCAUGUAAAGGAGAGCUACAGACAGUAUUGGAGAGUGAAGAUGACCAUCAGAAACUGGAAUAUCAUCAAGAACUACUCCCAGUGGAACAUGGUUGUCUUGCACCCCAACUUGAAGAACAUCACUACGGUUUUCAGCUUCAGCUAUGCGUCGCUCAAUGAAUUUCGCACCACCAAUGAUAGCGGGAUGUUUUGGGGGAUCAAGUACUACAACGACAUGCUUCUACAAGAAGGGCAUAGUGGCAAUGUUCAAAGCGAGAUGCUGCUGGCGAAAGAGCCAGGGUUUAGUUUUGGCGGAGGAUGGGCUUUUCCAAGAAGGAUUAUGUUCAAUGGAGAUGAAUGUGUAAUGCCACAGCCAGAUAAUUAUCCAAGGCUCCCUAAUGCUUCUCCUCCUCUUUCAUUUGCCUCUUCCUUCCCUCUGUUGUCCUUCUCAACUUUGCUCUUCCUUUUGUUAUUCUGCUAGUUCUUUUGGCAGACUAGGUUGGAAGUCACUCGUUUCCUUUUGUAAUGAAGGAUGCAACGGAAGCUAUCCUAGGAAAAGACUUAGUUAUCUCCAUGACUAUUUGCAUGAACCAUCAAUUCAAGCUAAUGCACAGGUGAGCUGUAGAGUAACAAACUCUAAUCUACCCUAAGAACUGCUCAUGAAACCCUAGAACUUCUACAUCAGUAGCAAACCAGAACUCCCAGUUCACAUAAUGAAAUGAUUUUCAUCAGUAACCACCUUAUUGCACAAGGAGAGGAGACAAUCUUUCUGGUGAUGCCCCUGCAAAGCUGCAGAGUAUAACGAUUACCACAUAAGAGAGCCAAAGAGAACUAAACCACACCUUAUUUACCAUUCCCGCUAGUUAAGAGAAAGAAGAACAAGAACACAAAUCUCAACCGGAGCCCUUUUUUACAUCUCUAGACAUAGAAACAGAUUUUACAAUAGAAACCAUAUUCCCUCCCUAAAACACUGCUUCUUCAACUACAUUGGACUUCCUUCCAUCCUUCCACAGAGCAUAUUGUGGACUCACUGGAAGAAGAUAAGAUAGAUAUACUCUAAACCGGAAUCCUGAGAAGCCACACAAGUUUCUCCCUCGAAUUACAGCUACUUACUUUCUUUUUGUUUUUCUUCUUAAAAUACAAACGAGGACCACCGACAACAUGGUCACUUCUUUCUUUUCCUUCGCCACCUCCGGUGAGUCAUUGGCCUGAGAAAAAUACAAUGUCCGGAGCAAUGACCACCAGGUGCACAUGAUGAAGCAUCAUAAACAGUUAGUUUUCUUUCUUAGCUAAUGGAGAGACGCAAGCAAAGGCCAGACAAACGCAAAAUGAGCAAAUCACGGUCAUUGGUCAAACAGUGAAGGAAGGCUCAUGAUCCCCGUCACUCUCUUCAGGAGCAAGAUAGCAGCAGCAACCCAUCAUUUCAAUUCACUACUACAUAUUAUACAUCUAAAUGCGGAGUGGACCAGUCAUCGAAUCCCGUCCAGAACCAGUGUCUUUGUGUUUCAAAGACAGGUUUCCAAAUUGGGAUUCAAGGUCCCUGCUGUUAGUGCGGCGAUGGUGAGUAGAUGGCUGCUGCAGUUGCUGUUGAUUUGGUGGUGGCAGUUGCUGCUGCUGAUACAAGGCCCGAAGCCUUGCAAUCUCCCUCUCCAAAACUUCUUGCUCCACUGAAAACAACUCUUCCAUGUUAAGAAGCAAACAAGCGGAUAGAUCCAACUUUGAAAAAGAAAGAGAAUACAGUACACAUAUGGUUAUGGACUUGUCUACCACACUUGCUUCUUUAGGGUAUAUGCUACACACUUUCCUCACAAUCAUCAUGUACGUUAUCCGAUUAGCCUCAAAAUAAUUUCAUAUUUUCAAUUACAUUAUCAUGAAAAAGUGAAUGUAUUUACGAUUUACUUGUAUAUCAAGUAUUUCUAAGAUUAUCCAGGGACUCUAGAUUCGUCAAAUGCACUAUCAGGCAUCAAGUGGACAAAUUAAUGAACGAACAUAAAUAAAUUAGUUGUAAUUCUAGAUUAUAUCAUUAUUUUAGACAAUAAUUUUGAUAAUUUAAGUUGGACUGCACAGUAUGCCCUUACUCUUGUCAGUGCACUAUCAUCCAGUGGCCCCUCUAUGCUAUAGAAGUAAACUUAAAGUAAAAGAAGAUCCAAUAGUGAAGGUGAAGGCGUCAUAAAUAAAGAUUUGAAACAUACAGUGUUUAAUAAGCUGCUCCUGGGCUAUGCUUUCCACCCGCUGCUUAAGAGCUUUAUUCUCCAUGCUCAAAAUAAGAUUUUGCUGGUUGAGAAAUUCAAGCUCUGCAGAGACUUCAGAUCCUUCUGCCUGUAGGUACACGAUAGCUGUUAAAACAUCAAAAUCUGAGCUAUUGCUACAAAAAACGGUUUGGUAAUACAUCUGCACUUGCCUGUAGUGCCUGCACAUUUCUUUCCAACUCAGCUAUAUACUGAAGUUUCCGGACACGAGAGCGCUGUGCAUAUUGCCUGCAUUAGAUAUCAUUUGAGUUAAUUGAUGGAUAGCAACAACUUGUAUCUACCUGCUUACAUAAACAUACAAAAAAGAGGGAUAUCAAUCACAUCAGAUCAAGCAUAACCCAAUUAAACUUGUUUGGAUAGGACCCAAUAGCUGGCAACUACACCGGGCAGACUCUACAAACUACAUCUGAACAAAAAUAAUAACAAUUAAAAAGUAGCUCAGUACUGUCAUAGCUAAGCGUGCAACAAAAGCUGUUAUCUUCUGACUAGUAAGCAUAAAGCAGUGGUUCAAUGUUAGCCUGUACACCAUAGAACUCCCAUCAUAUUCAAAUACAGAGGGCAGUCCAGCAAUCUUUGUGGCUUCUUUAGGCAAUCUUAUGCAGACACCGGCUUUAGGUUAUUAAUGCUCAGUUUCCCAUUGAAAGAAAUGUUCAGCCAUUCUUUCUUUGUUGGUGAUCAAAUGAUUCGAAAUUCUAAACCCAAUUUUCUGGGUGGAAACAAUGCAGAUGGUUUUGAUCCAUUGGAUCCUCAAGCCAACAUAACUAUCAAAUGGGAUCUCCUGCUAUCAACAGGUAGCUCUGAUACGGUAAGAAAAAAAAAAACUUUCUAUUGUUAAGUUUAUCUCUCUGAUUCCUUCAAUGGUUUGUUAUUGCGAUGCAGAGAGUGUAUGGCGGCCGUCGUGGUUUAGAUUCAGUAGGGGGAAACGAAAGUUGUCUUUGUUUAUACCUUACUGACCCUACAAUAUUUAAAUGCCUACACUUCCUCUGUUCUCUCCACUCUGUCUCUCUUCUCUCUCUCUGCAUUCACCAAAACUUAACCCAACAUGUUCUCGAGUGUAAACGUAUCACGCCUACUCGUUUUCUCUCGUAUUACUCCGAAAACGGACAUUAUGUGAUGUCAAGCUUCAAUCUUUUCGUCUCGUCUCUCGAGUGAACUAAUGCAUACCUAACACAGAUUGCAUUUUUUUACUACUUAAAAUGAACAAAUUGAUUGCGA